CCGGACCCAGCCAAGGCUGUUUCUUGUUGCCUUUGGGACUGGAACUGGAACUAGCCUUGUCGGUGACGACUAGUCUGAAACGCUCUUGUCUCGCUGCGGGACGAUCCAUGAGGCUUCAACCGCAAAGAACGUGACGGAAGGAGCCGUCUGCACCAUCCCCAUCAUCCGGCGCGCCGCUUCGCCGCGCUCGAUACCAUAUCCGGCGUCCACCUACCUGGCCUUAGUAUCCCGAAGAUGGUCUACUGCGGAAAACCGAGCAAGGGGUGUUCCAAUUGCCGGGAACGCAAGAUUCGCUGCGACCAGAAAGAGCCAGGAUGUGGUCAAUGCGAAAAGAGGCGUCAGAGGUGUCCUGGCUACAGGAAUCUCGUGGAUCUCAUGUUUCGCGAUGAAAGCUCCCACGUCAUCAAGAAGGCGAAGGCGAGGGCUCGCAAGAGGGCCAACCUCGCGACCUCGCCGCCCACUCCCCCCCCGGACUCGUGCUGCCUGUCCGCCACCCCCGAGUCUCGCACGAGGCACUUGUCCUUAGUCGUUCCCCCCACGCCAGCAUGCAGCAGCUCGGCCGAUCGGGAUGGUGACCACAAUGACGAUAGUACCAGCAUGCUCAUGUCGCCCGAGUCGGGAAGCUGGCCAGUGACGCCGCCAAUGGCACAGCUCUACAACAUACCGGCGACGUGCCAAGAGGACGGCUUUGCCUACUUCUUCUCGCGAUACGUGACAGCGGACGAGACCGUAAGUUGUCAGAGGUUUGACUUCCUCCGAGAGGUCUGGAAGCCCUCACAUGACGCCCACAAAGACGGCGUUCUCGCCAGCAUGACCGCGGUCGGCCUCAUGGGCCUCGCGAGCACCACGCAGUCGCCCUGCUUGAUGGAUGCCGCGAGAAAGUCGUACUGUACGGCGCUCCGGCUGACCAAACACGCCCUGCAAGAUCCGACCGAGGCCGUCAAGGACAGCACCAUGCUGUCCGUCCUCAUCCUCGGCGUGUUCGAGAUCAUGGCAGAAAACACCCAGAAAGUAAUUACCUGCCGGGCCUUCCAGGAACACGUCAAGGGGGCGGCAGCUCUCGCGCGGAUGCGAGGACCGGCCCAGUUCCGGACGGAGGCGGGGAGGAGAAUGUUCUCAAUGCUGUGCGAGAGAGUGGCAGUCAGUUGCGCCCAGCGCAACGAGCCCAUGCCCGAGUUCCUGAUCGAACUUGGCAAUGAAAUGUUGCGGACGGCAGAGAAUGAGAAACCGGGCAGCCAGCUGAUGGAGCUCAAGUGGAAGGUGCUGAAGCUACGCUACGAGAUGAAGAGCGGCUUCUUAUCGGAUCCCGCAACCAUCGUGGACAGGCUGCUCUCCAUCGACGAAGAGUUCGAGAACCUCAUCGCAGAGCUCCAGCCCCACUGGAAAUACCGGAUACUCAAAGUAAAACAAGACCACCCGGCCGUCUUUGGCGGCAUCUGUCACCGCUACACUUCGAUCCAACACGCCAAUGCCUGGAACCAUAUCCGAACCACUCGCAUCCUUAUUCUCGAAACCAUUCUCGCCGAGAUAUGGCGUGACUUCUCCAGCUUCCCCCCGACGCUCGAUUCCGCCCGAUACCUCGACAUAUUCCACAAGGCACGCCGGAAACUGAAACACAUUGUUCUCGACGUCGCCGCCAGCGUUCCCCAGCAGCUCGGCCUUAUGAACUCGGCCGACGGCAGCAUAGGCCGGGGCGACCGCGACAGCGACGGCGACGACGACUGCGAAUCCGCGGCACCCAUCGCGACCGUCGAGAUUGUCUCGACGCCCUCGCCGCCGGUCUCCCCCUCGGCCCGGUCCUCCGAUUCGGCGAGUACGAGCGGCCUCUCUGACCCGCUGUCGGCGACCGGCCCGAGGCGGCGCCCUGGCGGCGGCCUGACCAUCAUCGACGUCGUCAAGGGCCGGGAUGCCGAGGAUGAAGCCGAGCGGUACAUGCUCCUCGUCUCGGCAACGAGCACCAUCGUGUGGCCGCUGUUCGUGGCAGGCAUGUCGACCGUGUGCUCAGCGGACAUGGCAGCUUACGCUGUCGGCCGGCUACGCACGCUGUACAUGGAGACGGGGAUACGGCAAGCGGACGCCGUAGCCAACAUGCUCGAGGAGCAUGACAUGGUUGCGGGGCUAGAGGUGCCCGUGGCCGGGGCGGAAGACGGAGCAGGUGUCCAGGCCGGAGGGGGGCCGCCCUGGGUGGACAUGGUAGGGCUGGGAGGAUCCGGACACGAGGCGGACACGGGGCCGGGGAUGGGACAAGACUAUGACGCGAUGCGACCGAUGCCCUUGACGAGCCCCGGGAUGACAAAACCCGACUCUGACCUGGUCUGGGUGUGAUGGUGGACCGCGCCAUUGCAAAAGCGGAGAGAUGACUCGGCCUGAAGGAACAGAGAGGAUGCAUGUGAUAAAUAAAGCCAGUGAUACCAAGUGCGGGAGGAUUGGCAUAUCGAACGGGCUGUACUGUACAUGCCGGUCAUUAUAUAAGGUAU